AUCAAUUUCAGUCACAACAUCAAGACACAAUGUCGGGCUACAAUGAUCGAGGUGGAUACCGUGACCGCGGAGGGUAUCAAGAUCGUGGUGGGAGAGACCACCAGCGCCGUGAUAGAUCCAGAUCGCCUGGACGUGAGGGAGGCCCACGUGGAGACCGGUUCCGAGAACCUCGCGGAGGCGGAGGCAGAGGUGGUUACCAAGGAAACACCCCGGGAGAUGCCCCGCGAUCGAACCUUCCCGAGUUACCAAACGACGUCCCUAUCCCUGAAGGCGCUCGACAAGUACCUUAUCCAGACCUCCAAGUCCGAGGCACCGUCGGAGAAAAAGUGAUGGUUCAGGUGAAUCACCACACCAUUGAGUCCCUUCCAACAAAAGCAAUAUACCAAUAUGAAUUUCGAUUCCGUGUCCCGGAGGAUUCUCAACUCAAAGGCAGCGACAAAGUGAGCUCGCAGCAGCUCGCACGUGUCCUGAUGACAAAGGCAGUGGCCACAUUUCUUAAGGAAGACUUCGUGUUUGAUGGUGUGAGCCUUGGGUGGUCACCACAUGUAAUCGUUCCGGUGGGGACGGCAGAGACUAACGUUGUCGAGCUGGAGAAGCGCCGAGAUGGCAAACCAAACUCAGUCGAGGUAUCAGUGAGAAGCACCGGGGUUCUCCCAGUUGGAACUCUCGUCGGCUAUAUUCAAGGUGGAAAGUUCGACUUGAACCCGGCUGGAAAUGAGAGCAUCGAAAACAUUCUGAAAUGGAUUCAGGCGGUUUUUCGGAAGGAUCCCGCAACCCGCUUCAUCACCAGACCGAACUCGAGCGCCUACUUUGACCGCUCGCCCGAGACAACAAUGAUGCUUAGAUCCACCAAAAAUGUUCUUGAGGCACGCCGUGGCGUUUUCCAAUCUAUGCAGCUUCGAUUUGGUCGCAUUACACUGAACAUCGACACAGCCACGACUCCUUUCUGGGUUCCAGGAGUUUGUCUCAUCGAUACUGCGUGCGCCCUUAUGGGAACCCAAACCGGUCGGUUGGAAGGAGAUUUUCUUUCCAACCCCGAGAAGUUCUUUGUCUCCUGUGGUCGACUCCGCGGCAGCUUCUUCAAUAUCAGACAUUUGACGUCUUCAAAGAAGGAUAAAAAGAUCAGGUUGACCGGAUUUUCUCAGCGGAAUGCCAUGGAGUCAACAUUUGAGGAGAGAGCUGGCGAUGAUGAAAGCACAACCCAAACGACCUCGGUUUCAGACUAUUUUGAGAGGAAGUAUAACAUUAAGCUCCAAUUCCCUAGGCUUCCUUUGGCGUCAACUCGGUUUGGAGAUUUUCCGCUUGAAGUGUGCUUUAGUGCCGAUGGAGAGCGGUACAAGGAGGUUCUUCAAGGCCAAGAGACGGCGGACUUCAUAAAGUUUGCCACUGCUCCUGCUUAUGAGAGAAAAAAACAGAUCCAGCACGGAUUGAGGCUGCUUAGCCACCAUGAUGUCCCUACGAUUGCUGCACAUGGGUUCAAGGUUAAUACCGAUAUGAUGAGCGUAAAGGCACGCAUCCUACCUGCUCCUCGUUUGACAUAUGGAGGAAAUCGACCAAUGACUCCAAGAGAUGGCAGGUGGAACCUACGCGGCCUCAAAUUUCUUCGACCAUCCACGAUUAAGUCUUGGGUUAUCGUUUAUGUUCCUGCGAGACAACCCCUUGAUAAUAAUCAGCUUGAGAGGUUCGGAAGCGAGAUGGUUCGAUCAUUCACUGACUGCGGAAUGACGGUCCCUCGAGAAGGUCCUCCGAUCAUUGUUGGAAAUCCUUUCGGAAACUUGACACUUGUUGUCAAGGAUUCCGUUGCCCGCGCGCACAACAAGUUCGGAGUCCCUCCAGACGUUAUCUUUAUCAUACUCCAAGGAGCCAGCGUUCCUAUCUACAAAACUUUGAAGGCAGGGCUUGAUGUUCAUAUCGGCAUUGCAUCCCAGGUGAUGCUUCAGGAGAAAGCUCUUAGUGGACGUGGUUCGGCUCAGUACUUGGCGAACAUCGCCAUGAAGGUUAAUGUCAAGCUCGGCGGGACCAACUGCAUUGCGGAGGAACCUUUGUUCAAAGCAGGCCGUUGCAUGCUUUUGGGCGGUGAUAUUUCUCACGCAGCUCCGGGCGCGCUUCGAUCAGUCAACCCGCCCCCUUCAACUGCAGCACUUGUGGGAACUUGGGACCGCGAGUGCACGGCAUAUACGGCUGUGGCAAGUAUCCAGGAGUCUCUUUUGGGGUCUAUUGCAAAUGUGAAACCUAUGAUGGCUGAACUUCUCAAGCGCUACGCCGAGAAAAACAAUGGAUUGUAUCCCCAGCAUAUCGUCUACUAUCGUGAUGGAGUUUCAGAAUCAGAAUUUCAGUCGAUCAAAACCGAAGAGGGUCUCAAACUGCGCGAGCUAUGCCAGGAGCUCGGAGCCCAGGCAAAGAUCACAAUCAUUGUAGCGAUCAAACGCCAUCAUACACGCUUCUUUGCCGACAGAGAUAUUGCUUCGAAGCUUGGAAACGUCCCAUGCGGCACUGUGGUCGAGAACUCCUCCACCAUCAAUGAUGCGUUCAUCAUCGCUCACCCGGAUCUUCAAGGAACCAAGAGACCAACCCGCUAUGUGACCAUAGUGGAUGAGAACAACAUGGGAGCCGACGCCUUCCAGCGUCUGACUUUCAACCUAUGCUCCUCCUAUGCGCGCGCAACGACCUCGGUUGCUGUCUGCCCGCCGGUCUACUAUGCCGAUCAAGCCUGUGAGCGGGCCCGUCUGCACUUGAUGGACGCUGACGACGGAAAGAUGAGACACGGCCCCGUUCACGCGAACCUUCGAUGGAAUAUGUAUUGGCAGUAAAGUGCCAGGGCGAAAUUCUCCGCGGGAUUCAAAGGCUGGAAACCGUACGACUAACAUUUGCCCUUGGAGGCCUAGCUCAAAUCUCUCCCACUCUCAGUGACGCAUCUUCUGCUCCUAUGUCUCGGAGAUUGGGCUAUUUAUUUAUUUUUUCUCCCUGUCGGUCGCUUACCAUCGGGUCUAUUUGUGACUUCUCAGCCUUCAGAUGAGGUUUUCCUCUGAUAAUGACCGACGGCGUUUUCAUCACGCACGACACUAAGAAUUAUAGUUAUCGCAUAUUCGGCAACCAAAUAUCAAUAGGGGGUUUCGGCUUUUGAC